GCGAAAAAAAACCUUCUUUAUUUCCAGCAAUUGAUCAACAAAAUUACAUUCCAGAUGAAUUACAUUUGUGUUUAUGUAUAACAGAUGUUUUGAUGGAAUAUAAAAAGAAAAUGCUGGAAAAAUUUCCAGUAUCACAAUUUGUAUUAGACAUUUGUGAAAAAGAUAUAGAAGAAUUAUGGCAAGAAUUUUAUUGUUUAUAUUUAAUUUUACAUAAAGAAAAUUUUACGGAUCAAGAAAUUGAUCAAUUUGAGAUUGAUGCUCAAAAUUGA